CAUCGGUGCCAUGACCGACGGACCACCGCGAGUCGCCGGCGUCAUCGUCGCUGGCGUCGUGCUUCGUGUGCUUGCCUUCUACUAUGAGAUCGACUACGUACUACAAUACCGCCCGGAGCUCACGACGCCAUUGAAUUCGCUCGAGCGGCUUCAAGAAGGGCUCUUCCUCGCCGGCGCUGGCUUGGACCCGUACGCUGGCGACGUGUUCCACCAGCCGCCGCUCGUGCUGCUCGCCGCCAUGGGCGUGCAAUCGGUGCCUCUCGCGCUCUCGAGCCGGCUGGUGACAUGCCUCGGCGCGAUUCUUCUCGACGUCCUCAUUGCGCUCGGCUUCGCCUCGGUCUGCCGCGCGUUCAUUACGUCGCAGCACGCGCAACAGUCGGAGAACAGCAAGGUGUGGCUCAACCAUCCACCGCUCUCACCAUUGCUGCAGCCACGCUACCUCCCGCUGACCGUCGCAGCCGCGUACCUCUUCAACCCGUGGUCGCUCGCCACGUCCCUCGUUCGCUCGACCAGUCUCGUGACGUACGCAGCAAUCGUGUGGAGCAUCGCGCUCGCCAUGCAGCAUCGCGUCUCGCUGGCAAUCUGUCUGCUCGCGAUCGCCACGUACAUGGCGGUGUACCCGGUCGUGCUCUUGCCGUCGCUGCUGCUCAUGGCGUACCCGUCCAAGCAUUGGCUGUCGGCGGUGCGUACGACAUCGAUCUCCGACUUGUGCUCAUGCGCGUUUGUACAGUCCUGGGGUCUCGCCGCUGGCGUCUUUGCCGCGUACGUCAGUCUCUUUGUCUACCUCUCGAAAGUGGCCAUGGGCGGCUGGGGCUUCCUCGAUGCGACGUACCUCUGGGUCGUCCGGUACCCCGACUUGACGCCCAACAUUGGUAUCUUUUGGUACUUCUUCAUGGAGCUCUUCGACCGGUUCCGAAACUACUUUCUCUUCCUCUUGCACAUGCACCCGCUGCUGUACGUGCUGCCCAUCUACCUCCGCUUGCACGCGCGUCCGCUCGCCGCCACGGCCGUGCUCCUUGGCAUCUUCGCCAUCUUCCAAGCCUACCCCGCGUUGGGCGACUUUGGGCUCUUCGUCACGAGUCUGCUCUUGCACCCGCGGUCGCUCAUCGGCAUGCGCCACACGUUUGUGCUCACGACGGGCCUCGCGACCGCGACCGUGCUGCUCCCGCUCUUUGGCGUCAAGGUCGUUGCCGAGUUCCUCACGGCGACGCUGCGCCGCGACAAGCAGCUCGACGAGUUUUGGAAGACACACGCGAGUCGUUGA